GACUAUAUAAACCGUCACAGCUGCCUCUGAGUAUCACAACCUGCUACCAUCACCACCAACCAACAUGAAGUGUAUCGUGCUCGUCCUCCUGGCUCUGUCCGCCCUGGUCGCCGCUCGCCCCGACAGUGUCUUCGACUUCGAUAUGGACGACAUGCACCAUGACCAGAGCAUUGACGACGACAACACCUUCACCGGCUCCUACAGCUUCAUGACUCCUGAAGGCAUACAAUACUUCAUCAAAUACGUUGCUGACGAUGAUGGCUUCCGCAUUGUCGAGUCUAACGCCGUCCCCAUCAGCAACGCCGGCGUGAGGGCCGAUGGUAACCAGGGAUCCUUCACAUCCUCUGAGGAACUCCCCGACAGGAUUUAAAGAUCUAUGGAAACGACAGAUUACGACUGAACCUCGGAGUGUUGACAGGACCGAGUGACUGUCAUGACUGGAGGAACUCGACUGUCAAUAUUCUGGGCAACUAAACACGACGUCUUCUACAGUUUGGUCAGUGUUAACUGUAAAUCCACUUUACAGUUAAAUGUUCACACGACCAAACCUGAAGUUUUUCAUCAAAUUCUUUAUGUCUUCCUUAAUUUAUUCCUAAAAUAAAAGACAAUCAUGA